AUGGCGCACUAUCGAUUCAAUAACCUUCUCGGCGCGCCGUACCGCGGCGGGAACCUGUGCCUGCGCGGGCACCAUCUCAUCAGCAGCGUCGGGAACCGCGUCUCCGAGGUGGACCUACAGCUGUCGUCGUCCACGACGCUGCCGUGCGAGAACUUGACGGAGAUCAGAUGCGUCGCGGUGUCGCCGUCGGGGCAUCAUAUGCUGUCGUUCGACACGGACGGGCGCGCGAUCCUCGUGAACGUUCGAAAACGCGUCACGCUGCACCACAUGAACUUCAAGGGCAAAGUCACCGCGUGCGAGUUCUCCCCGUGCGGCAAAUCCUUCGCCGUCCUCGUCGGAAAGCUCGUCCAGAUCUGGGCGACGCCGACGAUGCUCAAAGAGUUCGCGCCGUUCCGUCUCCUUCGCACGUACGGCGGCAUGUACGACGACGCGACGUGCCUCGCGUGGUCCGGCGACAGCCAGUGGAUCAUCGUUGGCGGGAAGGACCUCACGGCGAGGAUAUACAGCGCGAAUCAUCUCGACGGGUACGCGCCGCCGACGCUGAGCGGCCACCGCGAGCCGCUGGUGGCCGUCGCGUUCUGCGCGCAACUCGACGGGUUCUCGUGCUACACGAUAUCCGAGGACGGCGCUCUGUUCGAGUGGCAGCUGCUGGACGACGAAGACGAAGACGAAGACGAUGCGAACGGUAGUAAUAAGAGUAAGCGAAGGAAGAAAGGCGAAGCGGCGGCGGCGGCGAAGAAGAAGAAACCGAAAGGGCGGCGGUGGCGUCUCCGCGGAAAACAUUUUUUCCACAUGCCGAAUAAGCUCUCUUGCGCGCGGUACCACGCGAGGAGCGGGAUGCUGUGCGCCGGGUUCGCGCACGGCGUCUUCACGCUCCACAGGCUCGCGACCGGCGAGUUCAACCACCUCCAGACGCUCUCCAUAUCCACGCAGAAGGUGACGUCGUGCGAGUGGAACGAGACCGGGGAGUGGAUCGCGCUCGGCUGCGCCAAGUUGGGACAACUGCUCGUCUGGGAGUGGCAGUCGGAGACGUACGUGUACAAGCAGCAGGGGCACUACUACGACGUGAACGCGUGCGCGUACUCCCCCGACGGCGCGUUGAUCGCGACGGCGUCGGACGACAACACCGUGAAGGUGUGGUCCGCGGCCACGGGGAGCUGUUUCGUGACGUUCGACGAGCACUCGGGGCCGGUGGGCGCGGUGUGUUUUUUGCCGUCGGGGCACGCGGUGCUCUCGGCGUCGAUGGACGGGACCGUGCGCGCGUUCGACCUGAUGCGGUACCGGAACUUCAAGACGCUGACGUCGCCGGACCCGUGCCAGUUCGUCUCGCUGGCCGUGGAUCCCUCGGGGGAGAUCGUGUGCGCGGGUUCCUUGGACACGUUCCAGAUCCACAUCUGGUCGCUCAAGACCGGUCGGCUCCUGGACAUCUUCGCCGGGCACCAAGGCCCCGUGAACGCGCUGUGCUUCUCCCCCGAGAGCCCGCUCCUCGCGUCCGGGUCCUGGGACAAGACAGUCAGGCUCUGGGACGUCUACGACGGCCGAGGUCAGACGGACGUUCUCCAGCACGCGCACGACGUCCUCGCCGUCGCGUUCCGCCCCGACGGCAAGCAGCUCGCGGCCGCGACGCUGGACGGGCAGAUCUUUCUGUGGAAACCGGACGACGCGCGGUUGGAGGGCACGAUCGAGGGCAGGAGAGACAUGGCGGGCGGAAAGACAAUCGGCGACUUGCGCUCGGGCGCCAACGUAAACGCCGGCCGCGCGUUCAAGACGCUCGCGUACAGCGCCGACGGCGCGCUGCUCAUGGCGGGAGGGAACGGCAAGAGCGUGUGCAUGUACGACGUCGAGGGGACGUCGCUGCUGAGGAAGUUUUCGCUGUCGAAGAGCAAAGCCAUGGACGGGACGAUCGAGCGGUUGGACUCGAGCAGAGUCACGGACGCCGGGCCGCUGGACCUGUUACCCGACGACGACGACGACGACGACGACGACGACGACGCGAACGACAUCCCCGGCGCGCGCGCCCACGCCGCGGGAUCCUCCAACGCGAACAACGGCAAGAAGAAGCGCAAGACGAUCCGAUGCAAGCACGUCGCGUUCGCGCCCACCGGCCAAGGAUGGGCCGCGUCCACGACGGAGGGCGUGAUGGUCUUCGCCAAGGACGCGGGCGCCGCGUUCGAUCCGACCGACCUCGGCGAGGACGUGACCCCCGCCGCCGCGCGCCGCGCGCUGAGACACGGCGACGCGCGCGUCGCGCUGCUCAUGGCGCUGCGUCUGAGAGGCGCGGAGGAGGACGAGGCGCUCGUCCGGGAGGUGCUGGAGAAGACUCCGCCGGACGCCGUCGCCGGCGCGCUUCGGGAUUUUCCACCCGCGUUGCUUUCGCCGCUGAUCGAGUCGAUCGCGGCGAGGGCGACGCGAGGGCCGCACGCGCAGCUGAUGCUGCGGUGGGCGAGGGAGCUGUGCGUCGCGCACGGGCGGGCGAUCCACGCGGCCGCGCACGGGGGGAUGUUGUUGCCGGCGCUGAGGAGGUUGUCGAAGGCGUUCGCGGCGAUGCACGAGGACUUGGCCGCGACCGCGGAGGCGAGCGUGUUCUUGUUGGAUUACGUGUGCGCGGCACCGCCGCCGAUGCAGGCGGGGGCGUGA